CUCACCUCCUAGUCCCUCUACAAUACGCAGUUUCCAUUUCCCAGUAUUACUCGCUACACUACUCUCGUUCUUUCCUUCAUUCAUACAUAGCAUUCAUUCUCACUCCCCACAAUCUUUUCUAUGCUUCACCGCAUCACCCAUUCCUCUUCUCCCUCUCUUCUCCUCCUACCACGUCUUCUCUCUCACCAACCCUUCCCCUCUUCAAAUUUCAAAUUCCUUUUCUCACUCUCACCAAAACCUCUCACUCUCAACCUCAUCCCCAUGGCUUCCUCUCAUUCCCUCCACAACCACACAAACCGACUCGCUUCCGAACAGAGCCCUUACCUUCUCCAACACGCACACAACCCUGUUGAUUGGUAUCCGUGGGGCGAAGAAGCCUUCGCCGAAGCGCGCACCCGCGACGUGCCUAUCUUCUUGUCCAUUGGCUACAGCACUUGUCACUGGUGUCACGUUAUGGAGGUCGAGUCUUUCGAAGACGCAGCGGUUGCCAAGUUGUUGAACGAUUGGUUUGUUAGCAUUAAGGUGGAUCGAGAGGAACGACCAGAUGUUGAUAAGGUAUACAUGACGUAUGUGCAGGCUUUGUAUGGUGGAGGAGGUUGGCCCCUGAGUGUCUUUCUUUCGCCGGACUUGAAGCCUUUAAUGGGUGGAACUUUUCCCCCUGAUGAUAAGUACGGCCGACCUGGAUUUAAGACUAUACUAAGAAAGGUAAAACAGGCUUGGGAUAGUAAGAGGGAUAUGCUGAUUAAGAGUGGAGCAUUUGCAAUUGAACAGCUUUCUGAGGCAAUGUCUGCUAGUGCAGAUACUGAGAAACUGCCUGAUGGGGUUCCGGCUGAUGCAUUACGCCUGUGCUCAGAGCAGCUCUCUGGGUCCUACGAUUCAAAGUUUGGUGGGUUUGGAUCUGCACCAAAGUUUCCUAGACCAGUUGAGAUAAACUUGAUGCUUUAUCACUCCAAAAAGUUGGAGGAGACGGGAAAAUUGGAUGGAGCUAAUGGAAGUCAGAAAAUGGUUUUGUUUAGCUUGCAAUGCAUGGCAAAAGGCGGGAUUCAUGAUCAUGUUGGAGGGGGCUUUCACAGAUACAGCGUGGAUGAGUGCUGGCACGUUCCACAUUUUGAGAAGAUGCUAUAUGAUCAAGGGCAGCUUGCUAAUGUUUAUCUAGAUGCGUUUUCUAUCACUAAAGAUACCUUCUAUUCAUAUAUAUCACGGGAUAUCCUUGACUAUUUAAAGAGAGAUAUGAUUGGUCCAGAGGGUGAAAUCUUUUCAGCAGAGGAUGCUGACAGUGCAGAGACUGAAGGAGCUGCAAGAAAAAAGGAAGGAGCCUUUUACAUAUGGGAAAGCAAAGAGGUUCAAGACAUACUUGGAGAGCAUGCUGCUCUUUUUGAGGAGCACUAUUACAUAAAACAAUCGGGUAACUGUGACCUGUCUGAAAUGAGUGAUCCUCACAAUGAAUUCAAAGAAAAGAAUGUCCUAAUUGAGAGAAAGGAACCUUCAGAACUGGCACCAAAAUAUGGCAUGUCAGUUCAGACAUAUCAAGAAAUUCUGGGGGAAUGUAGGCGUAAGUUGUUUGAAGCAAGGUCAAGGCGUCCAAAGCCACAUUUGGAUGACAAGGUUAUUGUAUCUUGGAAUGGAUUGGCAAUCUCUUCUUUUGCUAGGGCUUCUAAGAUUCUCAAGGGCGAAGCGGAAGGGACCAAAUUCUACUUUCCUGUUGUUGGCACUGAACCAAAGGAGUACAUGAACAUUGCAGAAAAAGCAGCAUUUUUUAUUAGGAAGCAUCUUUAUGAUGUGGAGACUCGCAGGCUAUACCAUAGUUUCAGACGUUCUCCAUCUAAAGCUCCUGGUUUCUUGGAUGACUAUGCCUUUCUGAUUUCAGGAUUGCUGGAUCUGUAUGAGUUUGGUGGUGGAAUUAGCUGGCUUCUAUGGGCCAUUGAAUUGCAGGAAACCCAGGAUGCUUUGUUUCUUGAUAAGGCUGGAGGUGGAUAUUUCAAUAAUACAGGAGAAGAUCCUUCAGUUCUCCUCCGCGUGAAGGAAGAUCAUGAUGGGGCAGAACCGUCUGGAAACUCGGUUUCUGCUAUAAACCUUAUAAGAUUGGCUUCCAUGGUUUCUGGAAGUAAGGCUGAGAAUUAUAAGCGAAAUGCAGAACAUCUAUUGGCAGUUUUUGAGAAAAGAUUGAAAGAUAUGGCUAUGGCAGUGCCUCUAAUGUGUUGUGCAGCAGACAUGUUGCGCGUACCUUCUCGGAAACAAGUGGUCGUGGUUGGUGGAAGAACGUCUGAGGAAUUUGAAAAUAUGCUUGCUGCAGCUCAUGCAUUAUAUGACCCCAACAGAACAGUUAUUCAUAUAGACCCCAACAAUAAAGAAGAGAUGGAAUUUUGGGAAAUAAAUAACAGUAAUGUCUCUCUCAUGGCGAAAAAUAACUAUGACGUCAACAAGGUUGUAGCUCUUGUUUGCCAAAACUUCACCUGUAGCCCCCCCUUGACUGAUCAUUCUUCACUUGAAGCUUUACUCUCCAAAAAACCUUCCUCUUCGUUCACAUAAGCUAGUGGUUGUUAUCUGGGUAAGAUCGUCAGUGAAAGCUCCCUCUUGGAUCCCCUUUUCAUAUACAGAACUAGUUGGUUCUGAUUUCUCUCUCAAAAAAAGGUAGGUAAUAUUCUUCGUUGAGUUCAGGGAUUGAUGCAUACCCUUUUCGAUUGCCUGUGUUCAGGGGCCGCAAUUUUUCCUCAAAUUUGACAUAGAAUGAUGCAAGUUUGUAUAUGUAUACAAGGGUUGAAAUAAUUAUCGAAAGCUGGGGUCUGUCCACAUGUGUACUUUAUUUUUCUCAUACAUGCACAAUAAAGUCACAGUGCCACUACUAAAUCCUUCAUGUCUUCUUUUCGUGUCAUGUCAUAGUAAGUUCAAAAACCUUUCCAAUCUGAGAGUUUCUUCUGUUUU